AGUACUGUAAUACCUUAUGUCUCGUGGAAGGGCCAUAGUUACAUCAAUCCUUCGUUCUUUCCGGUCGAUCUCUUUCCCCAAGACGGGAAAUACACUUGGUACUACGAUGGAGGUGGUAAGACCACCUCUUGAAGACAUGGCAGAUGGCGAAACACACAAAGCAACUUUUGCAAUGAGCUGAUUUUGGUUCCCCGAAGCUCAGUUUGGAUGCGCUAAUGGCGUCGUACGAACUGUAGUCGGAUAUACUGGGGGAUCUAAGCCCUUUCCGACUUAUACGAGCCUCGGGGACCAUACGGAAACUGUGCAGCUGGAAUAUGAUCCAAACUGUACAACCUACAGAGAUCUGUUAAAGAUGUUUUGGAAAAACCAUGAUCCUACAGCAUUGCACAAAGCACAAUACAUGUCGGCCAUUUUCUAUCAUGACAACCAGCAAAAGCAACUUGCAGAGCAGACACGAGACGAGCAUCAGAACACAAUAAAAAGAAAAAUAGCAACAAAGAUUCUACCAGCAGAUACAUUCUAUGUUGCAGAACAAUACCAUCAAAAGUACAUGCUGCGUCAACGCCCCACUUUGCUGAAGAGUUUAGGGUUAAAUGAUGAAGAACUUAAGAAGUCUCGAGUUGCAGCUCGUUUGAAUGGUUAUGUUGGAGGGUUUGGUUCACUGAAGAGUUUUGAAGCUGAAGUGGAUAAGCUAAAACUCAGUGAAGCCCAAGCAGAUUUGGUCAGAGAAAUCAUAGGAAAGAAACGAUUCUAAAUUGAAUCAGCUCAUCGAGCAAUAAGCACUUACAUGUAAUGACUGGCCCCAUGGGAAACAGUGAGAUUUGUAUCCCGGAACCCUCAUUAUCUUCCAAGGCAGAGCCAAGGGAAACAUCAAGGGUUGAGGGAAAGCAAAACUCACUGUGUCCUAUGGGACCAGUCAUGUGUUUUGUUAUGCCUCCCAACUCAAAAUUUGAACAAAUUGUGAAAAAAUUAUUUGCUUGACUCUGGCUGGCACACAAAUUUGUUGCAGUUCCAGGGUGUGCAACCUGAUCGUGUGCAAGUUGUUGUUUCCCUAGGGAGUCAGUGAGUUCUGACCUUUGACACAUGACAUUUUCUCCUCCAAUCAGAAAAUGUAUUUGAGUUGGGAGGUAUAAAUGCUGUUAAGCAUGUUACUAUAUGUGGUCAGCGUGCAGUGUACUAUUAAUAGUUUUCACCCUUUAAUUGUAACAUUCAGUGCUCUAAACAGAAAGUUAUUUACAGAUCCGUCAGUAGUAGAAAUGAUGUUGGUUUGCUUUUAUAGUGCUUAGUGCCAGACCCAUUGCGCAUGAAGUCUUGCAAUUUAAACUUGUGGUGUGUUGCAGGAUGGAGAAUUCAACUGCUUUGGGUAGACCUGAGUCUAAAGUGAAAUCACUGAGUUACUGUUACAUUGUACAAACUCCUGACUGGAGUCUCUCAAUAUUUAGCUUAAUUACAUGCACUUAUACAUGAAGAUAUAAAGAUUUCAGUAUUUAAUACAAAAGCUGUGAAUAAACUUAUGUAGUAAGACA